CUUUUUUUUCUACCUUUGUUUUUUUUCUUCAUAUUUAUUUUAAACAUGCUUAUUACAAAGAGCAUUAUUUGUACCUCUCUAUUAUACGUACAAGCUAUCGUAGCAGCAGACAUUGUUUACAGUGUCAUUCUAAGCUCGCCUUCUAAUGACAUAGGUGUCUUGAUCAAAGACACUAUGUAUGCUCUUAAGCCCUCUAAACAAAGCAGCAUUCUCUUUCAAGGCCAAGCUCCUGCUAAUGAGCCCUACUCUUACUGUAAACUAGAAAAGAAAACAGCCAAGAAGAUUGAAUGUGAAGAAUUCAAACGCCCUGCCUUGAGUUUCUCUUCUCUGAACGAAUUCUAUAAUCGCAAUUGGAAUAUCAAGUCAUUAGUUUCUUUUGAAUCUGUUUCAAGUAUUUCUAAGAAUUUUAAUCGACAGCCAGAUAACAGUGCCUUACAUCCUAUUGGUGAAAUUCCAACUAUUCAGAUUAAAGCAAAUCAAUCUGAUUUCGAUAAUAUCCACAAGCAUUAUUUACAAGACAUUCAAAUUAAAGCGGACGUCACUUACAUAAGUACGAAAUCAGUCCAGGUAUUCUCAGAUGCCAAAUUUGAAAUCGGCGGUAGAUCAUCAAGACGCUUAACCAAAUUCGCUUAUAAUCUCAAGCUAAACAAAAAAGACAAUGAUACUCUAGGUGGCUAUAAAAAACUCAAAUUGCGUACGACUGUCACGGACCCAAGUUACAUGCGUGAAUACAUCAUUACAGAAAUGUUGAAUGCUGUCAACCAACCUUCAACAAGAGCUUCUUUUGUCAGAGUUUUCUUGAACGAUAGGCCCGUUGGUCUUUUUUCACUUGAAGAAAAGUACGACAAGACAUGGCUUACUAACGAAUUUGGCGGUGCUUCAAACGAAUAUGCCACUGGCAUUCUUUAUGAAGGAGAAGGGGGUAAUUCCAAGAACAAUCGUGCUGACUUGUCGUACAAAGGAGACCAAACAUCGGCUUAUGAAUCCUCUGCAUAUUCUGUUUCCGAAAAGUCCGAGGCAGGUGCUAAUGGACUUGAUGAUCUCAGUCGUUUCAUUCAGUUCAUUCAUGACCAACAAGAACUUCAAAAGACAGCUGAUGCAGCCACCAUUGCAGCUACUGCAUCUGAAUGGGAAAAGCAAUUGGAUGUAGAGGGAUUUUUAGUAGCCAUGGCUUGUGAAUUUACAUUUGGUUUGUUUGAUGCCUACCUUCAAAACACAAACAACUAUUAUCUUUACAAAAACCCUGAACAAAAUCGCUUUACCUGGAUUAUGUGGGACUUUGAUCUUUCGAUGGGUAGUGGGCCUGUCAAUAUGAAGAAAAUUGCUGUAGGAGAUUAUACUAGCUUUGAAGGUUUCAAAACACGUCCUUUGAUUUCAGCUCUCUUAAAUGUACCCAAGUUCAAGACUCUGUUUGAAGAUCAUUUGAAGACGAUUAUGGAUAAAGUGUACAAUCCUUCCAUCUCUUAUCCUGUGAUUGAUUCUGUUGCAGAGCUCAUUCGAGACGAUGUUGCUUGGGAUAAGACUUUGCCUCAUGUUAGAAAAGGCGCUGAAUAUAUUGAUCCCAUCUUGACGAAUAUCAUCAAUCACAAUUUCAAUAAUCAAUCAAAUCAAAAUAUUGGUUUACCUAGUUCGCUAAGUAUUACUACUGCAGCCGAUUAUAUUAUUCGCUUAAAUACAGAUAUACCAUUUGACAAGGCUGUGAAUGGGCCUACAGGGCAUGUUUCUCUUUAUGGUCUCAAGGAAUGGAUCAAGGCAAAAGUAGAUAAUUACAAAAAGAAGACAAGAUAUAGUCCUUUGCUUGACCUUCCUUUAAAGCAUUAAAGUUUAAGUAAUAAACCACACACAAUUAAAUCAUUCUACA